AUGUCUGAAGAUACUCCAAUGGCUGACGUUACUGUCGAAAAGGAACAAGAACAAGAAGUUGACUUGGAAAAGGUUAAGCUCUUGCCAGGAUCCUCUGACGAUGGGGCUGCUGCUUCUUUUCAAGUGAUAGAUGAAGAUCACACCUUAGGAAAUGCCUUACGUUACAUAAUAAUGAAAAACCCGGAAGUAGAAUUUUGCGGAUAUUCUAUUCCACAUCCUUCUGAAAAUAAAUUGAACAUCAGAAUACAGACAUAUGGUAACAUAACGGCUGUGGAAGCAUUACAUCAGGGUUUAGAUAACUUAAGUGAGAUGUGCACUGUUGUAGAAGAGAAGUUCAGUGAGAAAAUCCAAGCUGGUAACUACAACACUGUUGCUCCAUAA